GGAGGGUCCUUGUGCAUGCGAGCCCUGGCAAAAUGAAGAGGAGAGGAGCUGAGGAAAGAGAGAAAGAGGCGAAGAAACAGAUGCUCCUUGAAGAACUCGGAGAGGGCUGCCUUCCGUAUUUGACGCCUAAGGACGAGGGCUUCUAUGAACUGUGGAAGAGAAAAUAUUCCAAACUUAUCCUCAGAAGGGCUGAGAAGAUACCCAAAGAUGUCCAUGAAGGAGUUCAAGAAGCUUUUUUGACUUUGCGAAAAUUUGGCUGUUUCUUCCAGGAUCUUGUGAGGAUCAAAGGAAAAGAUUUUUUUACCCCAGUGUCUCGUAUUUUAAUUGGAAACCCAGGAUGUACUUACAAAUAUUUGAACACAAGGUUAUUUACAGUCCCUUGGCCCAUGGAAAGUUAUGAAAUAAAUUAUUCCCAUCCAGAAAUAUCCAAAGCUUGCAAAGCAUUAGUCAAACUUAAUGACUACAUGUACAGAGAAACAACACGGGUUUUGCAAGAGCAAAAGUUGGCGGAGACAAAAGAAACAGAAGAUUGCACCGCCACUGAUAGGCCUCAGGAUUACGCUCCUUCGAUUACCGUGAUGGGAUCCACGUUACAAGAUCAAAGCCCUCCUCGUGUCCUGAAGAAUGACGGUAGUGAUUUGAAAGAGAGAUCACCCUACAACCUGACGUUAUUAAAUUAUAUGGAUCCUCAACAAAUGCCGUUCUUGAAACAAGAGCCUUAUUUUGGAAUGGGAAAGAUGGCCGUAAGCUGGCAUCAUGACGAAAAUCUGGUCGAAAGGUCAACAGUAGCUGUCUACAGUUAUUGCUGCGGAGACUGUACCACUAAUGCAGCGGAGAAAGAGACUUCAAAUGGCAGAGACCCAUCCGUCUGGCAUGUUGGCUUGAAAGUAGCAUGGGACAUAGAGACGCCGGGGUUGGCUAUACCCCUUCACCAGGGAGACUGCUACUUUAUGCUAGAUGAUCUGAAUAUGACCCACCAGCAUUGUGUUCUAGCAGGCCAGUAUCCGAGAUUCAGCUCUACCCACAGAGUAGCAGAGAGCUCCAGAGGGACCCUGCGUUACAUUUUGGGCCAGUGCAACGCAGCGCUUCAGAACUUGUAUACUGAUGCCGAUUUGAUGAGCCCGUCUUUGAAAUCUCUGGAUGCCGUAGUUAUAACACAAGCAGAGGAAACUCAUAACGAGGUUGAGUUUGAAUGGCUGCGGCAAUUCUGGUUCCAAGGUAAACGUUAUAGAAAGUGCACCGAUUGGUGGCACAAGCAAAUGGAUACUCUGGAAGAAUUUUGGAGAAAAAUGGAGUUCGUGACAAGCCUACUCCUCUGUGAAAUCAGAAAAGAAGAACAGAUGGAAGAACAAAGAAACAAAAGAAUUGGCUGCAUCUUGCCCCUUCUUAUCCAACGACAUGAACUUCGCAAGGAAUGGCUGGCGAGGUGCUGUUCCCAACGUGCAGAAUGUCUACCGGAAGAUGAAAAACCAGAAUGCCGUCCAUACUGGGAAGAAGGUGAUCCUAAUAUGCCACUUCCUUUCAAUCUUGGAGAUAUUAUAUCUGAGUUACAAAGUUGUCCAGGAGAAGGUGGAAAUAUAGAAGGAUUGCUUUCAUCUUAAAGCAGCUGAAGUUCCGAUUCUUCCAAAAAAACAAUUCAUGGAAAAAGGACUAGACCUCGUAUUUUGAAAAUGAAUAAGUUGAUGGGAUCUUUUUAAGUAAUGUUCCAGUUAUACAGCCAGUUGCUAGUGGAGAAAUAAUGAAAAAGCAGUUCAUAAACACAAGAUCUUGAAAGAAAGGUUACCUGGGAUUUAUUUUGAAGUUGUAUGCUGCAUUUCUGAGAUACACAAAUAAAAGACAAAAUUUCAAAAAAAAGACAAAAAAAUAAAAGACAAAAUUUCAGAAAAAAGACAAAAAAAUAAAAGACAAAAUUUCAAAAUACAAAAUUUCAAUUGUUUCAUUGUAAAUGUUUUUCUUUCUGAUGUCAAACAAAGUAACAGCAUCUUAUGGGGAAAGGCUACUCGAUAUUCAAUGUAAUACUUAAAACUGAGUGUAUCUGCCACAUUUUUUCAAGUCGACAAAUGAAAUUCAGGUUUUGUGAACUAAGGCUUUAUUGACUUCAUGCACAUCUUGGCAAGAAGGAAGAAUAUGUUGGCCUUCUUGUGAAUACCAGACAAUAGAAGUACUUUCUAAGCAACUGAAAGGAAAAAGAAUAAUAUUGUUGUGAAUAUUUAUUCAGGACUGCAUACUUACCUACUUUUUACUAAUGGUGUAUGAUUGAUUCUAAUUCUGCAACCUCUUCUAUUUAUUGCUUGUAAUAUUGGUGAAAUUAAGAAUAUUUACUGAAUUGAAUAAAAA